CUAUUAGCAAAAUCAGCAUAUUUUUAGUGUUUGCCCAUCUUCUCCUAUCCUUCCUUCUCUCUUCUAAUGGAUAACGAGGAGGUUACCUACAGACUAUGGCGUAUUAGGAAGACAGUCAUGCAGAUGUGUCAUGACAGGCGGUAUCUGGUGACCCAGGACGAGUUGGAUCAAACUUUGGAUCAAUUUAAGGAGCAGUUUGGGGAGAGACCCAAUGAUGGACACCCUUCGAGGAACGACCUCUCAAUACUAGUAGCUCAUAAUGAUGAUCCAACCGAUCAGAUGUUUGUGUUCUUUCCUGAAGAUCCUAAAGUUGGCAUUAAGACUAUUAAACAAUAUUGUGGUAGAAUGCAGGAGGAGAAUAUAUCAAGGGCCAUUAUAGUUGUACAGCAAGGAAUGACCCCAUCAGCUAAACAAGCACUAGUUGAUAUGGCUCCUAAAUACAUAUUGGAACAGUUCAUGGAGGCGGAGCUUAUGAUUAAUAUAACUGAACAUGAGUUGGUUCCAGAACAUAUUGUGAUGACAACGGAGGAAAAGAGAGAAUUAUUAGCAAGAUAUAAAUUAAAGGAGCACCAGUUGCCUAAGAUACAGUCAGGUGACCCUGUUGCUAGGUACUAUGGACUGAAAAGAGGACAAGUAGUAAAGAUCAUAAGACCAAGUGAAACUGCUGGCAGAUAUGUCACAUACAGACUUGUACAAUAAACACAAUUUCAGUUACAAUAAACACAAUUUCAGUUACAAUAAACACAAUUUCAGUUUUGGAAAAUUAUUAUUAAUCAGC